CGCGCGAGCCACGUCGAAUACUUUGACCAAAUGAAGACCUUUGCGACAGAAUCUUUUAACUUUUGACUUGUAGAAUAAUCAGCGUUAGUAAAUUCUUAGGAAGAUGUCUUUCACAACUUUAGAGACAACGAAUUUUCCUCUGUAUGCCGUGAACGUCCUAGACAAGGAUCAUUUUUUGAUCGCCGGUGGUGGAGGGGCGGCGAAGACCGGGGUCCCAAAUGCUUUGGUUUGUAUUUUCGCUCUUUACUUGUUUACACUGAUUUUUACAAAUAUUUUAUAGUUCAUGUCGUAUUGCUGUGUCUGUUUAUUAUUUUUUUUCUGUGUUUAAUCUUUUUUUUCAUGGAUUCGUCUACAUUUCAUUCGAUAAGUUGAUUCUACUCCUCGACUCAUUGUUCAAAAGAACGUACAGUUCGUGUGAUCGUGGUACUCUUCAAAUCAAAGUUUUAACUACAAGCUUUUACAGGUGUCGAGUCUUAUUUUUGCGGUGAGCAAGGGCAACGUGGGAUGAUAGUAGAUGUAAACUAUUGAGGGAAAAUCGUAUCUUUUUUGUAGGGAAAAUGUAUGUAUCAAAAGUUCCAAAAUAAUAUAUGUUUAAGUUAUAAUCGAGUUUGCAAUUAACGAGGCAAACUAACUUCAACUGUCCAUUUACAAGCUUGGUAUAUUGUACUUGUACUAAGGAAUUCUUGAUUUUGUACCAAACAGUACUGUGUGCUUUGUAUUAUUAUAACAUUCAACUUAUGCUCAAUGAGAUCAGAUUAGGCAACAGCAGAAUUUUUAUCCUGACAGCGCAGUAAUCUCUCUCUUUUUUUUUAGAAUAUUUACAAGCUUGGCCGAAACAGUAAAGAACUCAAAGCAACACUAGUCCAUAACUUUGAAGCUGGGAGGAGGCCAAUUAUGAAUUGUGCAAUUCAUCCAACAUCAAAUGUCAUUGCUGUUGGAAUGGACAAUAAAUGUCAGUUACUUGAGAUUGAUAUUAAGGAGGAAGUAAAGAACACUGAAAAAGUGAAAGGAAAAAAAAAAGUUAUUGUCAAAGAAAAGACACAAGAAUUUAUUGUCAAAGAAUUAGAAUCUAAAGUGACAGUUUCAGCAGAGGACAAUGAUUCAAAAGAUGAUGAUGAUGUAGGUUUUCAGAAAGUUGUGCGAUUCACAGCAGACGGACAGCACAUUAUUACUGGAGGAUCUGAUGGGCAUGUUAGGGUUCUGAAGGUAAAAGGGAAUUUCUAAAUGUUAUUUUGAGCUUAUGAUUCUCCCGAAUUGUUGUAAUUUUAAUUUUAAUUUGUGGUUGAGGAGUUUUCUUUGUUUGGUGUCAGUUUUGUUUGGUUCUUCAGAUUUGACAAAUUCAAUCCUUUACACGUAAACAUCAGGAGGCAUAUUCUCUAUACUGUUCUCUAUACAUGUCCUAAGGUGCUGACAAGGAGAAUUUGGUUAACAAGGAAGAGUGUCUGUACUUGGUGAUCAUUUCCUUUAUUCUUGUGACCUUCAUGUGUGAUUCAGGGGUGAUAUUGUAAGGAGAAAUUAGUUUACACCCUGACAUUUGUAUCUGCAGUAUCUAUAUGUAAACUGAUAUAGGCCACUACACUGUAAAAAUGACUGUUUUUUCAGUGUAAUGUUUUUUGCAUUUUUUUUUUGUUUUAUUUUAUCUCUUUGCUCAUUUUGCUUUAGUAUCCCUCCUUGGAAAGUAUCCAUGAUAUAAAAGCUCACACAACAGAUGUUGAUGAUUUAGAUGUACAUCCUAAUUCACGUCAGGUAUGAACAUGCACUAUGAUAAACUCAAUAAUCCCCAACACAUUGUUCAUUUAGCCUGCAAGGAAAAUUCAGUUAGUCAAACUUUAAAAAUAAAAUACUAAUCAAAGACAGUCUUAAAAUAUAAAAGGUCACCUUCGACAUGAUCCUAUAUUACUUUAAGAAAGUGAGUGUGAGUGUUUCAUUGGAGUUUUUACCAGGAAACAGAUGAAAGCACUAUGCUGGGGGCAAAGUGCUUUUAUUGUUUUUCAAGUGUUUGCGAAUCCUGAUGAAACGUGUGGCACAAGUUUUUUGAAAGAGCUCCUCAAGAGCACCUCAGGAAUAAAGAAAAUGGAAAUGUUCAGGAAUUUUUCACAUCUUGUUAUGAAGAAUUCAAACAUGUGUCAUUGAUAUUCAAAUCAAGAAAUUAGUUCACUAGAGUUUGAUGCUUUAUUAAAGUCAAGAGUUUGAAGAAGAAUAAAACUCGUGGAUAAUGCCUCAUUCCAGUGUUUCACCAGGACCUCAAACCACAUGCAAAUGGCAAAAUUGGUAUCUCUUGGUUGGACAAUUACCCUCUGGAAAAUAGAAUAAAAACUUUUCAUGGCCUUAUGUCGACCUAUAUUAUAUAUUUUUUUGUCUUAAUGGUACGGAUUUAUCUGUCACUAAUAUGAUUCUUUAUGUACAUGCACAACAUCACCUGAAGAUGAAAAUUAGUAUUCUUGCCUGGUAAUUUGCAUGUAAUUGUAAGCUCUAUUAAGAUAUUUGUUUAAGUUUUUUUUUAAUUUUAUUGUCUAUAUUCACAGUUUGUAACAUGCUCAAGAGACACAACAGCUUAUGUGUGGAGGUUAGAAGAAGGCAAAAAACAAUUCCAGUUGUACUUUUCUGUUAAUAAUGAAGAUAACUUCUUUAGAAUCAGGGCAUGCAGGUAUGAAAAGUUUAAUCUUCUUUUUUGAAAUCGUUUCUUGAAAAUUGUCCAUUUUUUUAAGAAGUAAAAUUGGAAUUGAGAGAACAAAAACAAUGUUUUUCAUUUAGAAAAUAAAAGCACCCAUGGUAAUGACAAUUGAUUUAAAUAUCUAAAUUCUUUUAUCCUUUUUUGGCAGGUUUUCUAGCAAUGAAAGAAAGGAAGUGAGUCUGUUUACAAUAAAUGUGCCAUCCAAGUUCAGUAGAAAGGCUCCAACACCUUCAUACUUAGUCAAGUGGGACUGCACAAAAUGGCUGCCACAACUGAGUCAGGCUGCUGGUAUUGAACCUCUCACACAAAUGGCUAUCAGGUACAGUUGCCAAAGGUCCAAUCUUCCCACCCCUAUACAUGUAUGUAACCUGCAAAUUUGAUUUUAUUUAAAAAGUUGUACAUGUAUAUGUCAUUUGACAGCUACAGUGUAUUUUAUGGUGGUGUUUUUCCAUCCUUAGAGGGAGCAAUUUAGCUAUAAUUGGCCUUUAAUUUCAUUCGUAUAUUGGUUUGACUUUUUCCUCAGUGGAAAUGGGAUAUUUGUUGGAGUCGGAACAGCAGAAGGUGAUAUCUCAGUUUACAUUGCAUGGAAUCUGGCUGUAAGUAUCAUGUGAAUUUUAAUUAAUGAAUUAGGUUUUGUUUAACUUGAAGUACAAGACUUAUGCACUGAGAAAUGGAAAAAUUCUUUCCGACAAUAGCUUCAUUUUGAUUCCUUUCCAGCCACAAUAUUUAGGUAUUAUGUUUUGGGUUAAUCUUUAGCCAGAAGGAUUGCCUUACAGGAUGUUUCUUGGGACAACGAUGAUAAAGGGUAGGAAGGUUGAAUCUGAUGUGGAAGUCUAAAAACCAUCAGUCAUUGAUAUACAUGUGGAAGGACAAUGUCCUGCCUCUGCACUUUAAGACCUCAUUAGUUUUGGUUAUUUCAUUGUAUAGUGUAGUGAUGAAUUUCAUGUAUCAUAUGCUUAUGUAAAUUUCCUUCAGUCAAUUGUAGAGGUUCCAUGAUGAAAGUGUUUGUCAUUAUUUUCUUAGAAACAAUUAUAUUCUUUCUGUCUGCAGCCCUUGACUACUCUUAAGGGUGUUCACAACAUCUUCGUCACAGGACUAACAUUCCUUCCCAGUUCUCCACUCAUCAAUGAUCACCCUGCAACGAGUUUGCAUUGCUUAGUAUAUCUGCUGACAAUGCUUGUAAAGUUACUACCCUUAAAAGAAGAGGUACAAAUAAAUUGUUUUUACUAUUACAAUCUAAUUGCCUCAGAUUAAAUCCAAUUCACUGAACCUCAAAAUAGAAUUUAAUAUAGCAGUUAGACAAACUGAUGCCGUAAUGUCAUAAAGACUGAAACAUACCACCAAGUUAAAACGUAAGAUUUAAAAAAUGGUGAUGAUAAAUAGAAUGAAAAAAAGAACAUCCUGUUAUUUCCUCAAAUGCUGACCCUAACUCUAGCCCAUCAGCUUGGUCAAUUGGUGGUUGUUAAGAUAUUUUUUGCACUGUAUCUGAAACUAAGAUACUGCAUGUAGUUGCAGUUUUGUUACUUGUUACAAGGGUUUGUGACUUUCUAGGCCAAAGAGGAAAUAAAGGUAUAAUAAACAAUGGCUAUUCAGGGAAGGCCACCAGAAAACGUGUUCUUACAGUAUGCAUAAAAACCAACUACAACAACAACAACAAAAUGUAUUAAUUUAAUUACUUCAACCAGAUCAGCAUUUAUAUCCCUUAAAAGGAGCAUGGAUAUUAUAGGGAAAAGCUGAGUUAAGCAACCACAUUUCCUUAGUCCAUGUUGAGAAAAACAUAACAGUUUGAUCUUCAUUUCUUUUUCAGGUGAAUAUAGUUACUGGUGGAUUCUUGUAGGAUUUUUAGUUUUACUUUACCUAACCCUUGUGGUUCUAGCUUAUGCAGGCAUUGAUUUAUAGUGAAUUGUUUUUGUAAUUUAACGAAUAUAAUAGAAUGUUACUGAAAUAUUAUUAUCUGAUGUAUUCUAUGGAAGGAAUAUGAUUUUUGAAUUUAUGACAAGUAGAUACUUUAGCUUUGAAUUCUACAAUGAGUUGUAAAUAUUUCUUAUGAUAAUAAUUUCAAUUGCUAUUGUUUUUGCCAGUUUUUUUCUUGCAUUCAGGGUGCCUCUUCAUGAGGCCUUAAAUGUAUGCAGUGAUCCUCUGCAUCCGUUGAGCGGCAUUCUACAUGUAUCCCUACAAUUUAAAGUGCAUGCAUACAUGCAGAAAUCUUUGGGCCUGAUUUAUGCAUGCUACAUGCACAUGUACAUGUACACUGCAUGCAAGCAUAAUUUGGUCAUAGUCUACAGAACAAUAACACCAGUUUUUUAAGAAUGCCAUGUUAAUAAGCUGCACUCAGGCGUUAAUUUUCUUCCUUAUGAUUGCAAAUCCAGUGCAAUAGGAGAUUGGCUGUUGUCAAGUUGUUGCCUGACAGUUUUGCUAGGGACCAUCAAAUUAAAAAAAAUCAGAUUUACCAAAGUUGACCUUUAGUUAAGCUUCCAUUAACCAAACCAACAUGAUUUAACAAACCCAACUAAAAACCUGGUAUCUUGCUGUUUCUAUACGGAAAGGCUUGAAAAUGGCUGGGAGUAUUUCGGUGCACGUGUUUUAAAGUAUGAUCUUCCUCCAGUAAGUUGAGUCUGUGAAAGAAAAGUUGGUUUUGGAGAAGAUGUACCUUAGUUGGAAAAACUUAGGUUGGAGUUUGAUUACAUGCAUGAAGAUUAAACACUAAGAGUACCCAUUGAAAUUAUUAUUUAAUUAGUAAACUGUCAAUCAACCAAUUUUAAUUUGUGCAGUGAAUAUGAAAUGGAAGUAUUUUAAAGGUCAUGUGCGUCAUUUGUAGAACUUAACUUUAUGAGGGUGAAUUUAUAUUUGACUUUGGUGUAUACUAUAAAACUCUUCUUCAUGGCUGAAGGAAAGGAAAAGACUUAACCUAGUAUUUAAUUUAAAUUAUUCUUGUUUAAAUUAUUGCCUUUUCACCAUUUUAUUUCCAGAGUCGUACACAAAGGUAUAUAUCCAAAUAAUACAUAAUGGUAUUUGUAUAAUGUAACUUUUCAGAAUUUACAAAAUGUUCUUCGUAUAUUACCAUUUCAGUCUAAAGGAACAAUAAAAUUGUUUUCACGUG